CCUCAGGUCUCCCGCUUGAUUCCAGGGCCACCCACGCUGGCGCCCUCUCUGGUCUCCGCCAGCAGCCCCCGCCUCUUCUCAGGAAGCCUGGGUCUCCCUGGGAGCGGGUCUGCCCUUGGGGGAGGCCUCUAGUCUCUGUGCCCUGCAGCUCGGCUUACGUUUGGGGAGGACAGAGAGGGGCUCGGCGUCCCCCGCAGGCACGUGUACUAGCCCAGGCAGGAGGGAGCGCCUCCGCGGAGGAGUCAAGACGUGGAGGAGGGAGAAGCGCGCCAGAAUCUCGGUCCCGGGCGCCUGGUCGGCCGCCGAGGAGCUGCAGCCUCCAACAGGGAGCUGUGUGUCUCUGACAUGCUACCUGCUCAGCUCAGUGACUGAAGGCUCUUGCAUCCCAACUCUGCCAGGAAGCAAAGGUCGGCACAUCCCCGGGAGCCAAGCCAGGCCAGCCUGAAGCGCUGCAUGCACAUUUGGCCGUGAGCUAGUGCACGUUAACCUGAGCCGGUGCCAUGGACUUCGUCAUGAAGCAGGCCCUGGGAGGGGCCACCAAGGACAUGGGGAAAAUGCUGGGGGGAGAGGAGGAGAAGGACCCAGACGCACAAAAGAAGGAGGAGGAGCGGCAGGAGGCGCUGCGGCAGCAGGAAGAGGAGCGCAAAGCCAAGCACGCGCGCAUGGAGGCCGAGAGGGAGAAGGUCCGACAGCAGAUCCGAGACAAGUACGGGCUGAAGAAGAAGGAGGAGAAGGAGGCCGAGGAGAAGGCAGCCCUGGAGCAGCCCUGCGAGGGGAGCCUGACACGGCCCAAGAAGGCCAUCCCUGCUGGCUGUGGUGAUGAGGAUGAGGAGGAAGAGGAGAGCAUCCUGGACACGGUGCUCAAAUACCUGCCCGGGCCACUGCAGGACAUGUUCAAGAAGUAACCGGCCCUCCUGCCCCAUCCCUACACCUAUUACUAUUUUCUUCUUUUUUUUCUUUUCAUUAAGUCUCAAUUCUGAAGGGGAAAACCUCAGUUGGCCUCUGCCCCCCUUCCCUGGCCAGGGGCUUCUCCCACUUAGCGCUCCCUCACACACCCCUUUGCCCCAGGGUACCCAGAUCCACCCUACUCCCAAGUAGCUUGAAAAAGGGAAGGCAGCUUUCCCUUUCCAGGGGGCAUUGAACCCAGGGCUAUAGGCACUGGAGGCCCCUCAGGAAGACUAAAGUCUAUGAUAGUGUGGUAAUUCCCAUACAUUCCUCCAUGCUCCCCACUGCCAGGAGGACCACUGUCCCCAGCCAUCCAAAGUAAUGACACAUUCCAGCCCUGCCCAGCAUGCUGACCUUUGGCCUCUGACCUCCAGGUCAGGGCAGGGGCACUGAGUAGCCUGGCUCUUAGAAAGGAAGUCAGGGUAAGCCUGCCCAAUGAGGGCCCAGCCUGAGAGGUCCAGGAUCUGGCUAGGCUGGGGUCUGGGUAGGAGGCUGGGAUUCUUCUUCUUCCCUCUCCUUGGCGAUGCUCAGCCCAGGAGCACCCCCUUCCCCAACCCUUAACUAAAGAGGCAUGGCCCUUGCCAAACUGGUCCCUCCAAAUGGAUCCUAUUUGGACUUUAGCUCAUUUAUGGAGGAGCCCCAGGGUAGGGCAACACCUUGUUCUCUCACACCCCACUUAGGUCCUGGAGCCCCACUGCCAGGCUGGUCCAGCUUUCCCAGCCAAGGGGCUUCCCAGGCCUCCCCAAACACUUGGAGCCAUUGGGCAGCAAUGGUCUAUGCUAUGGGAUCCCCCAUUGGUGUAGCCAGGCUGCCCCCAUUUCUACCCAACCCUCUUCCCCACCCUGUCCUAUCCAUGUGCUUCCAGGGCCCCCAUGGUCCCAGGAGGAUCCU